AUGCAAGAAUAAGGUAUGUGUUGUGAUGGAACUAGGUCUUUUGUAGCUACAACACUAUAACCACCAUAAGUGAUAUUUAGAAAAACAGUAUCUAUUGAUGUGUGUAUGAAUUAAUUGAUAUCAAGUAGUGAGUCCAGAUUAGAAAGAAUAGUACUUCAAAGAAUCUAAAUUAACAGUGUCAUUUUCAUCUCCUCGUAAUUCAGGUUGUGAAAAUUUUAUCCCUGAUGAAGAAGUAAUUUCUUACUACAUUCCAGAAGACAAUCAAUCGUUUACAAAUUAUAAACAUGUUCGUUUCUCUGAAUCAUCAGAUAAGUAUUAUAAUAGAUAUUUAAACAGAACUGCAAAUUUUCCCUAAUAAAAAUACAGGAGACAACGUUCAAUACCAAUACCUGAAAAAGUACAAGAGGAUUUAAUAGGAGAAACUUCAUAACUUUCUCCAAAUUUGAAGUCUCAAACUUAUCCUAAAGAUAGUUAAUAAAUGAAAUAGCAAACUUAUAUGAUGAAUGAAACUGAAAACCAAUUUAAUUUCAAUGCCUUAUCUCUUUAAAAUAGCUUUUGUUGCAAAACACUCUCAUCAUAUGAGUAGAUGGAUCUAACAAAUUAGAUGGCAGAUGAGUUAGUCAAUAUAGUUAAAAAUUAUUUAAAUGAUAUAACAUAUAAUGAAAAACAUUUUACAUUUGAUGAAUAAGAGGAUGAUUAUAGAAAUAAAUUUAAUUUUCAGUAAAAAGUCUUAAAAGUAAUGUGUUAUGAUAAAUGUAGAAAGCAUUAGAAAAUUUAAAUUUUAAGAUGAAUGUAACAGUAUGUUCUCCUAUUUCGAGGAUUUCAGCAACUUCUCCUCAUUUUGAAGAUAUGCAUAUAAAUGUAAAAGACUUAUAAAAUAAAAUUGAAGAAUUAAGUGAUGCGAAUGAUCUUCUGAAAGAUAAGAUUGAAAUAUAGGAGACAAGAUUACUGGAAUAGUAUGAUUAAAUAAAAUAAUUGCGAAUAAAAAUAUUAGAGUUAGAACUUGAGAAUAAGAGUAUUAAAUAUUAAAAUGAAUAAGAUCAAAAUAAUAAGAAGAGUUUAAAUGAACAAAUAAAUUAAUAAAGAUAAUAAAUAGAAAAUUAAAUAUAGACUUUAAAAUGUUAAUAAGAUAAAAUAUAGUAAUUAGAAUAAUUAGGAGGGAAAUAUAAUAAAAUAAGUAAGUAGGAUACACAAAAUUAAAAUAUGAGUUAUAAUUAAUAGAAAACAGGAAGAAGACAUACUAAUUCAUUUCAUGAGGUUACUUCUUAAUUGAAUGGUAAUAAGUUAAUGAUUGUUAACAGUAGUACAAUUAGUUCUUAAUAAUCUCCUAAGAAUAUGUAAAUAUAGAAUAAUUAGAAAAUUGAAAAUUCUGAUAAUACAAUUUAUUUUGGAUCUAUUAUAAAAGAUAAGAAAUAAGGAUAUGGUAAUUUAAAGAAGGGUGAUAAGAAACUUUAUAUGGGUAAGAAUGAAAUGGAUAAAUUUAGGUUUUUGGAAGGAUGAUAAUUUCAAUGGAUUUGGUCAUUUGAAUAAUGAAAAUAUUGAAGAAGGAAUUAUUGAUGUGUUUAAUUUAAAUACGAUAGGAAAUAAGUGGAUUAAUUAUUAAGGAGAAUUUUAGGAUGGAUUAUUUAAUGGUUAUGGUAUAUGGACAUUUAGUGAUAAUUCUAGAUUUCAUGGUUAAUUUUAAGAAGGAAAAGCUAAUGGAAGAGGGUAACUUUAUUUAUUUUUCGAAUUAGUACUUAUUAUACAAAUCUUAAUACAAUCAAAGGACUUUGGAAAUAAAAUAUUAAAAUUUGA